AUGGCCGAAAUUGUCGGUAGUGUUGCCGUCCUUGACAAGUUAAAAGUUCAGUUGAGCAAAACCAAGACGACUUUAGAAGCUUUAGAAAUCUUUACGCAGAAAGUUAUCAAUGAGACGCCGACUACGAGAAGAGUCAAAUUGCUCUUGCAAGAGUCUCAGACCCCGAAACUUCAGAGUGACUUGAAGGCUACGAGGACGCAGAUAAUGCAACUGUGGCUUUUGCUCGUAUGGAGUGUGUGCUACGAGAUGUUCAACUUUUGCAGCACAGUCAAAAUGUUGCCAUUGCAAACGCGCUUCAAGCCCUACAAUGUUUGGAUCCGAGAUGCUACCGUUAUCAACGUAUCAGCCAUCAACUUACAGAGUCCAGUGGGCCAAUUCUUCUCAUGA